UUCCCCUCGUCGGCGAAAGAAGGCGAGGCAGCGGCCAUUUUGUUUGUUGCUUUGCGGGCGGUGUGCUUCGGGGCUCCGUCAGUCGCCGAGAGUGAGGGAGGAGGAGGAGGAGCGUCGGAGGAGGCGCCCCGGGGUCCUUUCCGGAGACCUGCGUCGAGGCAGGAAUAUGACGCACUCAAUGCCAUCCCACUGCUCUGAAUGGAAUGAUGGAAGAAACUCAGAUGAAGAAAAGAGUACCAAUAGUCACAAGCGCAGGAGGCAGUCCCACAGCAGUGAGAGACAUGACAAACACUAUAAAUCACUUAAAACUGCAGACAGAUCCACUCAUAAGACAGACCAUCGCAGCAGGAGAUAUGUUGAAGAAUACAGAAAUGACUUUAAUGAUACAGAUGACCAGAAACAUUAUAAUAGAGAUUAUGAAAAGAGUCACUGUCAUCAUUAUAGCAAAUCAUCUCAUCAACACAGUAAAAGUCAUAAAAGAAAGCAUAAGAAACAUGACUCCACCAACAGCUCGCAUUUGAAGAGCCACCGAAGGAAAAGAUCCAGGAGUGUAGAGGAUGAUGAGGAGGGUCAUCUGGUCUGCCAAAGUGGAGACGUACUAAGAGCAAGAUAUGAAAUUAUUGCCACUUUAGGGGAGGGUGCUUUUGGAAAAGUAGUAGAAUGCAUUGAUCAUCACAUGAGGGCAGUACAUGUCGCCAUUAAAAUAGUGAAAAAUGUUGGGAGAUAUCGAGAAGCAGCUCGUUCAGAAAUUCAGGUAUUGGAGCAUUUAAAUACCUUGGAUCCUAGCAGCACCUUCCGUUGUGUACAGAUGUUGGAAUGGUUUGAACAUCAUGGCCACAUGUGCAUUGUGUUUGAGCUGCUGGGACUCAGUACUUACGAUUUUAUUAAAGAAAAUAGCUUUUUGCCUUUUCCUAUUGAACUUAUUAGGAAGAUGGCUUAUCAGAUUUGUCAAUCCAUAAACUUCUUACAUCAUAAUAAGUUGACUCAUACAGAUCUGAAACCUGAAAAUAUUUUAUUCGUAGAGUCUGAUUAUAUUGUAAAGUACAAUUCCAAAAUGAGGCGGGAUGAGCGCACAUUGAAAAACUCAGAUAUCAAAGUUGUAGACUUUGGAAGUGCAACAUAUGAUAAUGAGCAUCACAGCACCUUAGUGUCUACCAGACAUUACAGAGCACCUGAAGUCAUAUUAGCCCUUGGGUGGUCCCAGCCCUGUGAUGUUUGGAGUAUAGGGUGCAUUUUGAUUGAGUACUACCUUGGCUUUACAGUCUUUCAAACACAUGAUAGUAAAGAACAUCUGGCAAUGAUGCAGAGAAUACUAGGGCCUUUACCAGUACACAUGAUUAAAAAAUCAAGGAAGCGCUAUUUCCACCAAGAUCAGUUGGACUGGGAUGAACAUAGUUCUGCUGGGCGCUACGUAAGGAGACGGUGCAAACCACUGAAGGACUUCAUGCACUGUCAUGACAAAGACCAUGAGAAUCUUUUUGACCUUCUUCGUAGGAUGUUAGAGUACGACCCAUUGAAGAGAAUUACUCUAGAUGAGGCAUUGGAGCAUCCUUUCUUUGAUCCUCUAAAAGAGAAAGAAUUCAGUUGAUCUUAUCUCUUUUAAAGGGGGUGAUUUGGACUGUGCCAGCCAACACCAAGGCCUAAAUGCAAUGUCAUUGCAACACCAGCGUAUGUGAACUGCCUUCCCUGCUCUUUUCUGUCCUCUUUGGUGUCAGUCGGGCCACCUUUUCAGUGUUUCCAGCCACCAGAGCAGGUUUUGGGUGCAAGAUGUCCUGUCCCCCCAUCAGGUUAGGCUACAGAUAUAUUGUAAAUAAUAAAUUACUUUGUACAGUUGAUUCUGUAUAUAUAACUCUACAUUUUUGUAUAGAAUUGUGUAUCUUGUUCAGUGGUUAUCGUCUUGAUCAUGGAUGCUUUAAGGUAGACAUUAAAACUUUGGUUUUCUACAA